CCUCUUCAUUCACUUCCCUCAACGCACAAUUUGCAUACUUUCCGAGAAGUAAAACUAAAAAUAAAAAACAAGAGAAUUUUCACCGUCAAUUCUCUAUACAAAAACAUUGUCCCAUCAUUCUUUCAUAUCCAUCUUUCUUCAUUGCUCUGAUCAUCAGACAUCUAAACCAAACAAAGAAAAACCACUUGGGCUGUCUGUAAAUUCCAGAGAUCAAAACCUUUACUACUUGUUGAACAAUACUAAACUACACAAUUUGCAGACAUGGAUGCUACAACUAGUGGAACUCCAUCUUUACAAUAUCAUAACAUACCGGAGCAACCGGUUGCUUCUCCUCCUGUGUCUCCGUUUCAGAGACAAAAACGCCAAUGCUUUGGAGACUCAACUCCUGGAGAGUUCCCUUUAGCAGCUAGCCCUUCCAUUGUCCUUCAUGUUCUCACUGAAUGUAGAUUGGAUCCUCUUGACCUCGCAAAUCUUGAGGCAACAUGCUCGUUUUUUAGCCAGCCAGCAAACUUUGCGCCAGACUGUAGUUUAUCACUACCUGAGCUCGCUGCUCUUGACAUGUGUAAUAAAAGGAUGAUUUUCAAACCGAUGAAUGAAGAAGAACGUGAAGAAAUGAAACGUAGAUGCGGAGGUUCAUGGAAACUUGUCCUUAGGUUUUUGCUGGCUGGUGAAGCGUGUUGCCGAAGAGAGAAGUCUCAAGCUAUUGCUGGUCCUGCUCACAGCAUUGCGGUCACAUCAAAGGGAGAAGUUUAUACCUUUGGUCACAACAACUCUGGUCAGCUAGGACAUGGCCAUACCGAUGAAGAAGCUCGGAUACUGCCCAUCAGAUCAUUACAGGGAAUCAGAAUCACCCAAGCAGCAGCUGGUGCUGGUCGGACAAUGCUAAUAAGCGACAAUGGGAGUGUUUACACGUGUGGGAAAGAUUUGUUUGGUGAAGCAGAGUAUGGAGGGCAAGGGUGCAAACAGGUUACAACUCCUCAGCUUGUGACAUCUUUAAAAAACAUAUUUGUUGUGCAAGCGGCUAUAGGGAACUUCUUUACUGCUGUUCUGUCCCGAGAAGGGAAGGUUUAUACAUUCUCUUGGGGCAACGACGGUAGACUCGGACACCAAACCGAGGCCAAUGAUGUUGAGCCACGUCCUUUGUUAGGCCCGUUAGAGAAUGUACCAGUUGUGCAGAUUGCUGCUGGUUAUUGCUACCUUCUUGCCUUAUCUUGUCAACCAAAUGGCAUGUCGGUUUAUUCGGUUGGUUGCGGUUUGGGAGGCAAACUUGGUCACGGGUCAAAAACCGAUGAGAAGUAUCCUCGGGUUAUUGAACAGUUUAAGGUACUGAACUUUCAACCUAGGGUAGUUGCAGCUGGUGCUUGGCAUGCAGCAGUGGUAGGUCAAGAUGGAAGAGUGUGUACUUGGGGUUGGGGAAGAUACGGUUGCUUAGGACACGGUAACGAGGAGGGUGAGUCAGUUCCUAAGGUCGUUGAAGGGCUAAGACAUGUCAAAGCAGUUCAUGUCGCAACAGGAGAUUACACUACUUUUGUGGUCUCGGAAGAUGGUGAUGUUUACUCUUUUGGUUGUGGUGAAUCUGCUAGUCUUGGUCACCAUACAGCUGUUUAUGAACAGCGUGAUCGGCAAGCUAAUGUUCUGAAUCCAGCAGUGGUUACAUCGCUGAAACAAGUGAAAGAGCGGGUGGUUCAGAUUAGUCUAACGAACUCUAUAUACUGGAACGCUCAUACGUUUGCGCUCACGGAAUCAGGGAAGCUAUUUGCGUUUGGUGCGGGAGAUAAAGGUCAGCUUGGAGCAGAGCUUGGUCGUGACCAAACAGAAAGGUGUGUACCUGAAAGAGUGAAUAUCGAUCUCAGUUAGCGGUUGCACUGUUUAGUGGCAGGAAAUUUGCGUUUGACGUCAGGUAAACGCAAGGAAAUUGCGUUUUAACUUUGUUAUGUUAAUAAGACUUUGGAAGGUUUGUACAAAAGGAACUUGUCUUAACAUUCUCAUUGUAUAGGGUUUUAGAUUAUUCUAGUUGUUCAUUGGUCAUGUGUUUAGGUUAUGUUGUUAAUAUCAAUAAUCAAUUUGUAUAAAAACUAAAAGGCUAAAACCAAUAUGGGGUUGAAAAGGUCUAUCGUCGGCUGCUAAGUUUCCGUGUAGCGAUGUCACUGCGUGUAGGAGAAUGUGAGUUAUGGAAAUAUGAUUAAUUACUUGUGAGACACGGGAGAUGAAUUAUAUAUACCAUCUUUAUAAGUAGUCUGUAGAAGAA